AUGAAGAGACUAAAAGAAGAGAGACCUGUCAAGCAGCUAGCUUUGCUUUUACUCCUGGGGGUGGAUGGCCAAGGAUGGGAGGGGCACAGAAAAUUACAGAAAACUGAAUCCCUCCCCAGUCCCCACAGAGACAGGACGAUUGGGUUUCAGGGUGAGGUGCCAGCUAGUGCUUUCGAGGGCAUUAAUGUGCCAGCUGCUCCUGCCGCAUUCAUUUUAUUUCCAGUCCCCGGGCCGGUGUUACACUCUGGUUUUGUGCUGAACUGCUACAGCUGUUCAAAGCCCCCCUCGCUGGCUGGCUUGGCUAAGUGCAGGGACCUGCUGGAACAACACCAGCAAGAUUCUCCUCCACCGAGGACAUUGCCCAGCCUCCGAAAGGAAGCGGGGCCUCUUGCAUGGAGCAAGUGCUCCUCAGACGGAGUUCCGGAACGAGCAGAGGCGGAGAAGGUCAAGAAAACGAGGCCUUGUCUAUUUACCGGCUCUGUAAGGAACUAUUGUGUCUCAGCAGCUGUUCUUCUUGCUCCUUCGGAAGCCCUGCCUGAGUUAGCCCUAGAAUUGUUCACAGAACUUAGGUUAGUGGACCUCUGGAGACUGGGCGUGAACGUGACAUCUCACCCCUGGGUCAGAGGCCACUUCCUGCUCCAUCUUAGGAGGAACUGCCUGUCCCAGGACGAGCUAAUUCCUAGAGAUGAUAAACAAUCCGCGUGUAAGCAUACCUUACACACGCAAACCAACCCUCCUGAACCCAUCCUCCAUCCGCCUCCUUUUAUCAGACACCUGCAGUCUGGGACACCAUCCUCCUCACUCACCUCAGUCACCACGGAAACAGUUACUGGACCACUAGAGACCACCGCCCGAGUCCAGAACCUGCCAAAAUUAUUCAAACCAUCCACCCUAAGUCUGCUCUGCUGCUUACCCUGCUUGCCCAUUCUUUCUCAUGAAAACAAGAUACAAAUUGUUACUAUGCUUUCCCCUCGCUCCUUCUGCCUCCUGACCAACUCUGGUGCUUCUCUAUAUGGUCCUGCAUGGCUUGGUGUGCCCCUUCUUCUUGGGAACUGUAGGCAAAAACCACUUUUCCCCCCCCAAAAACAGUUGUCUCUGUGUCUUUUAUCUUACCAUAUCUGACUCAAAUAAAAUCCUGGGUACAUUUUAAAACACAUUAAAGAAACUCAAUAAAUUAAAAAAAUCUGUUAAAUGAAUGAAUAUCUCUACCUACUUAAAACAUGUCUUUUACCUUACUAAAAUGUUUCUCAUGUAGUUAAAAGCCAUUUACAUUGGCUAUCUAUAGGAAUCAUCCUCUCAUGCAACCAAGGACUGGAUUUGGAAGAAAUUUUAGCUCAGAGUAACUUAGGCAUUGCUAAACAACACCAUGAAACCAUGACCUGCAAGGCAGCAUUAUUUCUUGGUUCUAGGAAGACAUCCAAAAGCGAACACACCCAUUUUGCGUAUCUUCCUACAUGAAAUGUAGGUUUUCGCAUGCCAGGGUGGAUUAACUGCUGUAACAAAUAACCCUAAAUCUCAACUGUGGAAGAUAAUAAAAAUUUAUUUCUUAAUCACCAAAAUCCAGUGCAGGUGUUCAUAGUUGGACAGCACUCCUGGCUGCCUCCAUGACUCAGGAAUCAAAGAUUCCUUCAUUCCGUGACACUGCCAGUUUCAAAACGGGGCCUUCAAGGUCAGCAGAGAAGGUGAGAAGACCAUGGAAAGAGCACAUCAGAUACAUACACAGCUUUACACACAAAUGCCAAUCAAAAUGUCUACAAACAUUCUAUUGGUGGGAAGCAGUCACAUACCCUGGUCCCCCCUUCCGAAGAUGCCUGGGGACCAGGAAAUAGUCUGUAGCUGGGCAGCCAUGUCCCAGCUACCACUCUGCACUAGGAAAGAGGAGCUCAAAUCUUUGGGGGUCAGCUAAGCUUUUUUCAUUAAUUCAAGGCAUGUGACCCACGACUGCAUUCUGCUGAUGGCGUAACUACGGGUUGGUCAAGUGAUGAUGUAAACCAGUGCUUUUUAACUGCUUGGGGAAUCAUGAAUCUGAUCAAAUUUAUGGAUCCUCUCCCUAGAAUAACACAGAAGCAUAAUAAGAACACAGUUUUCACUAAAUUUCAGGAACUUCAUGGGUUUUCUGAAGCCCAUCACUGAUAUUAUUUAUUCGAGGCUCACAGAUCUAUAGUCUGGGUACGGUUGACACUAUUUGCCUUGAGUUAUAUUUUGAAUAAUGUUCUAAAUCAUGAACCAUGGGAUUUUUUCCCCUCAGCUAGGUUUUUUUGGUUUUUGGUUUUAAAUUUAAAUGCUAGAACUAAGAGAUCUGGAAUAUCCGCAGUUAGCCAUCCAAAUUUUAGAUGUCACCUUUACACUGAGUGGAAAUUCUCAUCCCUCCUACCGCAAAAGACUUUAUGUUGGUAUCCUGCCAUCCAUUUGCCACUCUCUAAUCCAUUUCACAUGGCAACCAGAGUGACAUCUAAAAAUUCUAAUUUUUUCCUGCCACUCCCUCCUGAAGAUCUUUCAGUAGAUAAAGAUCUAAACUCUUAACAUGGCAUACAAGGUCCUGAGUUAACUGACCCUAGCUGAUGCGCAUACUGUGUGAUGCUUUGCUUCUCAUACUUCCCAACUAGCCUUUCUCUUCCUCCCACCUCAGGACCUUUGCACAUGCCUUUACAGCUUCUUUCAUUUGUUUUGCCUUCAUUCUC